GAGUCUCACUGCUCGUGUUACUUUUGGCGGCGCGCGCUCUGUCCGCACCGGGGAAUUCACGCGCGCGCUGCAAUAAAACGGCCCCGCGCGUGACACUGCGCCGGAGCCAAACCGAGGCACGAGGAAGAACCUGCGCAAAACCCGCCCCAGACCCGGACUAAAACACGAGUGAGCCGACACAAAAAGCCGUGUCCAGAGCCUGAGCCGUGUCCAGAGCCGUGUCCUGAGCCGUGUCCUGAGCCUGAGCCGUGUCCUGAGCCGUGUCCAGAGCCUGAGCCGUGUCCUGAGCCUGAGCCGUGUCCAGAGCCUGAGCCGUGUCCAGAGCCGUAUAGAGCUGUGUCCAGAGCCGUGCUGAGCCGUAUAGAGCCGUGCUGAGCCGUAUAGAGCCAUGCCUCCGGUGCGUGAGAAGAUGAGGUCGUGGCUGGAGAGGCAGAUCAACUCUAACGCCGUCUCUGGGCUCAGCUGGAUCAAUAAGGAAAAAAACAUGUUUUCGAUUCCGUGGAAACACGCGGCGAGACACGGAUGGACCAUGGACCAGGACGCAUCACUGUUCAAAAUGUGGGCCAUACACACAGGUAAAUACGUGGCAGGUCAGGAGUGUAAUCCCAAAACAUGGAAAGCAAACUUCCGAUGUGCUCUGCACUCGCUCCCCGACGUGGAGGAGGUGAAGGACCAAAGCAUCCAGAAAGGACAAGGAGCCAUGAGGGUCUACAGGAUGUUACCUCAGAGGAGUGAAGGACGAGACAAACAAAGAAAAAACACCAGAGCCAAGUCAAACAGAAGGAUCAAAAUGGAGGACAUAGAUCCAGACUACGACCCGUCCCACAGAGACACUGACCCGUCCCACAGAGACACUGACCCGUCCCACAGAGACACUGACCCGUCCCAGGACAGAGCCGUGGUCAGCGCCGCGUUCAGCCACGACCACGCCCCCCUCACCUUCGAUUUCAAAAUGGCCGACGAGUCGGACGUCCCUGACGUGUCCUUCAUGGUUGAAGUUGGGACACAUAAGUUUGAGGUGUCUCCUGUUCACAGCCCAGACUCUUCAUAUUACGACUACAAUGACAUCACCAUCACGAUCAGUCAGCCUCUGGACAGAGACGCUCUGAAGUCGGGGCUCAGCCUGAACGAGCCGCACACGAGCCCCGGGAGCCACUGGAGCGACGAGUCGUCAGGAGAGGAGCUGUACACCAGUCUGGCGCCCUCUUUAUCGCCCCCUGCAGAGCUGUGGAGCACUACACCUCCCCUGACUCUGCUCACGCUGUAGGACCAAACUUUUCCGCCGAGGACGGACUAAAACAGACUGAAAAAGAGGUGCCUGAGACUUUACGCACAAACUAAAAGGUCGGUAGUUCCAUUUACUGCCGCCGUGACUUUGGCAAGGCACUUUAUGUUUCCAGCAGGGGCGGCGCCAUAGAUUUUUUGUUUUGAGCAGCUAUGGGGGGGGGGCUCUCUGAACAUGUUUAUUUAAAGUCCGUCACGUUUGCGCUUCUGUUUUAAACCUGAAACCUAAAUCUGUUUAAACGAACGUCAGCUCCUGUGGAUAUUUUUAAAAGAUAAAACGGAAUUAUUUUUGUUUAUUUUGAACUCUCAUUUUGAACUCUCUGUCUCCAUUUGGACAUUUUUAGUGGAGGUUGGGUGAGGUUAGCGCCCCCUCAGGCCCACCCUGGCGCCGCCCCCUGUUUGUAGCCAGUAGAACCGAAGCAGCGUUGAAACGUGAAGCACUUCCAAAAAAUGUUCUCAGGUGGUUUAAAGCAGUUUGCACAGAAAACAUGUAAAUUGAACACGAGGGACGGCCCGAUGUGGAUUUUCUGGGCCGAUGCCGGUUUUUAAAAUUCAUAAAGUUGAAGUACGGAUGACAGAAGUAAAAAUAAUAACAAAAGGUACUUAAAUCCAUUUAUAUCAUCCAAUCAUUUGUUACAUUAAUUUAAAAUACAGUUUGUUUGAUUGGAGCUAGCAUGUAGCGUCUUCUAUUGGAGCUAGCAUGUAGCGUCUUCUAUUGGAGCUAGCAUGUAGCGUCUUCUAUUGGAGCUAGCAUGUAGCGUCUUUGAUUUGGGUUUUAAAUUAUUACGUAAUACAUUAAGGGUGACGUUUUCCACUAUAGUGAGGUCAAAGUUCACUGCGCCCGCUGUGUAACUUUACUAAAAGACCUCGUGUGUUACUGUGCACGGGCUUGCAUCUCCACAGACCUGACUCAAACCUUGGCCUGGAGGUGGACAGUGGGAUCGCCAACUGCUUCUUUCUAUGGAGAUUUUUUUCCAGUGAGAAUGUUCCAACGUAGAGCUUUUCCCCUGGAGCUAAUGUUAGCCUGAUGAAAAACAAAACAGGACUUUAUCUGGUGUGCAACUCGAGCAGGCUAACGGCUAGUAAAAGUAUGCUAGCUCUGUUCAUUCGGAUGUGUUAUUAGCUUGUAGGCUAACGUGGCUAAGAGUAGGUCCAAACACAGAGGUGGAACGCAACGAAGUAAAAGUAGUGAAGUAGAGUACUGGAGUGUAAAGUUGAGGUAUCUGUACUUUACUUUAGUACAUUUUACAGUGUGUACUUUUGACUUUGACUUGAGUACAUUUGAGAGCAGUAUCUGUACUUUCUACUCCACUGGAUUUUUU